AUGAAGUUCACGCUUCUCUCUGGCCUCGUGGCCCAAGCCCUGUCCGUAUCCGCCGGCUCCAUUCUCUGGGAUGGCCGCUUCAACGAUCUCACCUCCGCCACCGACCUCAGCAAGUGGUCUUGGAGUAGCCAGGUCGGCCCCUACCAGUACUACAUCCACGGUCCGUCCGAGGUCACCUCCUACGUCAACCUCUCGCCCAGCUUCAAGAACCCGGCCGACUCGGGCUCCAGCCAGGGUGCCAAGAUCACCCUCGACAAGACGGCCUUCUGGAACGGCCAGACCAUGCGCCGCACCGAGCUGAUCCCCCAGACCACGGCCGCCAUCAACAAGGGCAAGGUCUUCUACCACUUCUCGCUCAUGCGCAAGGACACCAACGCCCCUGCCCUCACCCGCGAGCACCAGAUCGCCUUCUUCGAGAGCCACUUCACCGAGCUCAAGUCCGGCUGGCAGUCGGGCGCCGCUGGCACCUCGGACCCCCUGCUGAGGUGGUGCAUCGGCGGCCAGACCAAGUGGAGCGUCAACUGGGACGCCGACGUGUGGCACAACGUUGCCUACGAGAUCGACUUUGACGCCAACACUGUCGGUUUCUGGCACUCUACCGGCAGCGAUGCCCUUACCCAGGUUAUUGCUCCUCAGGCUGCCGGCACCAGCAGCAACGGUGCUGACUGGCACGUCGGUGUUCUCGAGCUUCCCCGUGACGGCUACGCGGAUGCUACUGAGGAUUUCUACUUUUCGGGUGUCUACAUUGAGAGCGGCAGCAUCACCACUUCCGUUGCUGGUCCUGGCUCCUCCUCCUCCAACCCCGGCACACCCAACACCCCCAGCAGCAGCAGCAGCAGCGUCGCCCCCGUCAAGCCUUCGACCUCGUCGACUUCUUCUUCUACUUCUAUUGCUGCCGUCACCAGCAGCGCUGCCCCCGUCAAGCCUUCCACCUCCUCUGCCUCCUCUUCUACCACCGUCGCUGCCGUGACCAGCGCCAGCGCCGCUCCUGCUGUCACCACCUCCAAGGCUGGAACUAAGACCUGCACUCGUAAAUCCAGCGCCGCUCCUGCUGCCACCACCUCGGCUGGCUCGUGCACUGCGGCUCGGUACGCCCAGUGCGGUGGUAAGGGCUUCUCUGGCUGCACGGCUUGCGCUUCCCCGUACAAGUGCAACCUUGUCAAUGACUGGUACUCCCAGUGCUACUAA